AUGUAUAGUGAGCUACAAACACCUGCUCAAUUUCUCAGAGUCAGGCAAAGACAAGUAAUUCAUCUGAUUUGCUUGUUGAUGGCCAUUUUGACACAUCGUGCCCUUGCCAACACAAACUGUCCCAAAUUACCUUCUAGAAAGCUUAUUUUAAAGCGACGACGUAUACGUGAACAGUUGCUACACGACCUUUCAAAUGGGGGACAAUGCCGUGAACUUAUCCGUAUGAGUGAGCAGGCUUUUCAGAAAUUGUGCACUGUCUUACAACAAGUUGGUGGUCUUCGAGCUACUCAACGCAUGUCCAUUGAAGAGCAUGUUGCAAGAUUUUUGCACAUUGUCGACAAUGAUUUUAGAAAUCGAUUUGUGUCUUGGCUAUACCGUUGCUCUAAAUCCACUACAAGUAGGUGCUUCCAUAGAGUUCUCCGAGCAAUUAUAUCACUGGAAAGUCAUUGUACUCAACAACCAAAAGGUGCAAUUGACGGGACACAUGUUCGUGUCAAAGUACCUACCAAAGAUGCCCCUAGAUAUCGUGGUCGCAAGGGAUACCCUACGAUAAAUGUCUUAGCUGCUUGUACGUUUGAUUUAAAGUUUAUGUACAUUUUAAGUGGCUGGGAGGGUACAACAUCAGACUUAAGGAUACUAAAGAAUGCACUCACUAGAGAAGAUAAACUAGUAAUUCCAAAUGGCCGAUACUAUUUGGUAGAUGCUGGUUUGCCUCAUACAACUACACUAAUGGCACCAUAUCGUGGUGUCAGAUAUCAUUUGAAGGAGUAUUCUGCUCGGGCCCCUGAGAAUGCAAAAGAGUUGUUUAAUCUCCGGCAUGCUUCAUUACGCAACGCUAUAGAGCGGACAUUUGGUGUUCUAAAGAGAAGGUUUCCUAUCAUUAGAAAAGAAGAUCGAGACAAAAAUCUUGAAGAUGAGGUCCUACAUGAGAUGUUAAAUGAACCAAGAGAGGAAAUGCGCCAUAAUAUAAAAGAGACAAGUUUCUCGCAAUGGUAUGACAUGUUUCGCGGAACUUCAUUGAGUGGGUUCGGUAGGAAUUCUGAAACACAACUAAUUGAAGCGGACGAGGAAGUGUGGGCCAACCUAAUUAAUUCAAAGCCAGAUGCAAUUUCAUUGAAGUCCAAAAAAAUACCAAACUACAAUGAAAUGAUAGCUUUGGUUGCAAAGGAUAGGGCUUCGGGGGUGCAUGCUGAAACCCCGAAAGAGAAAAAUGCCCGAUUGAACAGAACUAGGGAUAUAAAAGUAGAAACACUCGAAGAAGUGGAUAAGUUACUAGCAAGAAAUGACAUAACACUUGAGAAACAACAAAAAAAUAAUGAAGAUGAUGAUGAUGAAGGUCUUGAUGAUAUUCAAGUGUUAUCUCCUACAUGCUUUUCACCGGUGCAAAAUUCAAGUUCUAAGAAGUACAAAAGUAAAAAAAGGAAACAUGAAAUUGAAGAUGAAGAUGAACUUGAAGCUGAACCUGAAUCGUUUGAAAAGGUUAUUAUGAGUGCAGUUAAAGAUGUGGCUUCUGCUAUGAGGGAGGGUAACAAAAUAUUCGAAAACUCUCAUCAUCGGGUUUAUACUGGUGAUGAAAUUUAUAAAGAGUUAGAUCCAAUGGAUUUGGAACCCGAUGAAUUAUCAGAAGAUCUCACGUUUUUGUCGAGAAAUCAAUCUGAUGCGGGGACAUUAUUUAGAGUUCCAUUUAAAAUACGAAAAAGUUUGUUGAAAAAAAUGAUGGGGGCAAGUAAAUGA